AUCAGUGGUUUUCAAUUUCUUUUCUGAAGCCCCCUGUAAGAGCUUUCUGAACAAAGUUUCAUGAACUUACGAUUUUACGUGUUUUGAAGCAUUAUAUACUCAAUGGCAUGACAACCAUAACCAUGUUUUAAUCUAGCCCAAAGAGGUAAAAAUGUGGGCAUAUAGCCAUUAUAAUUAAGUUUGGUAGAUAAUGAAUUCAAAUACAAACUGUUUUCCGAAUACUUUUGUUUCAUUUAAUCAAAGUAUGUAAUUGAAUAAACGUAUUUUCGAUUAAACACCCAUAUAUGUUGUUCGUCAAAUUGUGAAAAGUGGUACGUUUGACCUGGGUUGGCAGUUCUGGGCGCCGUUUGACUGCGUUCUGAUUGCUAUAUCCGAGUCAUACAAUAUAAUGGAUUCUGCUAGUUAAGAGACUAGGAAAUAAAUAUUUGUUGAAUUGAUGCCACGACUGUGUCCUCGAGUGCUUUUUACAACAAAAAGAAAUGUAUUGGCCUUUUUUUUAAUUUUUAUUAAAAAUGUCUGAUGUUUGGCUCACUUUAACAAUGCUGUUGGAACGAGACGUUGGAAUAAAUCAAGGCGGUAAGAGAAAUUUUAAAAUUUUUGGCGGCAGAGGAAGCUGAAGAAACAAACCAAUAGAAUCGGUGAAUGGGUCAGAAUUCGGGCCAAUGGGGAUCCGCAAAAUCCUAUCCAAUCACCUUCUCGCUGGAAUGCUUUAAAGGUGUAUGCGGGGAAUCAACCGGGAUGUUUUUCGAAAAGUCGAAACCAAGUUUGACACGAUGGCUAGAACCAAGCAGACUGCACGUAAGUCCACCGGUGGCAAAGCUCCUAGGAAACAGCUCGCCACCAAGGCGGCGCGUAAGAGCGCGCCUGCGACAGGCGGCGUGAAGAAGCCUCAUCGUUACAGGCCUGGUACUGUAGCUCUGCGAGAAAUUCGUCGCUAUCAGAAGUCCACUGAACUGUUGAUUCGUAAGUUGCCCUUCCAGCGCCUUGUGAGGGAGAUCGCUCAGGAUUUCAAGACCGAUCUUCGCUUCCAAAGUUCAGCUGUAAUGGCUCUGCAGGAAGCGAGCGAGGCGUAUCUGGUCGGUCUGUUUGAGGACACCAAUCUGUGCGCAAUUCACGCCAAGAGGGUGACAAUCAUGCCCAAGGAUAUCCAGCUGGCCCGACGCAUUCGUGGAGAGCGCGCUUAAAACUGCUUGACACCGCACAAUCCGAACCCCAAAGGCUCUUUUCAGAGCCACUUCAGUACUUGCCAUAAUAGCAGAUUUUCCAUGUUCUUUUAUCGUGUGCUAAUAUGUGUGUGUAUGUAUAAGUAUAUUGCAGAUGCCUUCUGAUAUUUAAUGUUUAAUGGUAGCUCAUGGAAUCGCUGGUGUGAAUAAGCCCUGGUAUUCUCUCUCCUGCCCUCAGUGAACAGCCAAGUGGUAGGAAGAGUUCUCAUGGCGGUACAUUGAGUGACUAGAUAAUUAGUGACAUCUAUUCGGUGCAGUAGCGUUGCAGUUCACAGACCGGUGCGUUCAUGUCCCACUACAUUUUCUGCUUUAACAGAUGAGUCGGUCCAGACUGCUGCACUGGUACACCAAUAAACGAAACUAUUAUAAAUCAAUAAACACGGCUGUUAAAGCAAGACCAUCCAGUUGUGAACCUAAUGUAUUUUUACUUCUCGCGCUUUCUCCAGAUUGCUUUACUUUUUGCCUUUUUAUUGCCAUCAUUCUGUUGCAGGUAUUCACUUCAUGUAGCCAAUUUAUGGCUUUAAAAGCAGCUUGUUAUUUUGCAGCCUCUCAUCAGAGUUAACUACAGGCUAUAAGAAUAAUAUCAACCUGACUGACACCAUAUAACAAUAAGUCUGCAGUAAAUAUGGCCAACGCUGAAGCUCAUACAAAGCUAGCUAUCUAGAUAAUAUGACUGCUAGAUCAUCAGCCACUAGCAGGAGUAAAAUUCAAUAUGUGAGAUAUUAAACUUACAACUUUGAAUAAAUAUCCUGUUUUGCCAGGAAUAAACUCAAUGGAUACAAUCAAACACCUUCAA